CAUGUGAGAAGUGACAGUGAGCAUCUGGAUGCCUUUUGCGUGUUAUUUAAAUAUAAAAGUGAGCCGCAUUUUCGGCAACUGGUUCUACUACAUGUGUGCUGACUGCACAUGCUAAUCUGGGAUAACACUGCGUGCACAUGAAUAAAGUCAAGUUUUCUCACAGCGACGUUACAGUUUAUUCGAUUUCAAACAACAGGCGACAUAUGUAUUUAGAGGUCUGUAAAAGUACUGUGAGAGACGUCGUCUGCUUGCAAUUUAACCGUUUUGUGAGUGACGUUCUGAGACCUCCAGUCCUGACGAAAUGUUCCCGUUAUGAUGAAGACUGACCAUGUAACUCUGAAGGGCCAUAUACUGUUUCCGUUGUGUUGAAGACAGACCGUGUAACUCUGAAGGACCAUAUAAUGUUUCCGUUGUGUUGAAGACAGACCGUGUAACUCUGAAGGACCAUAUACUGUUUCCGUUAUGAUGAAGACUGACCAUGUAACUCUGAAGGGCCAUAUACUGUUUCCGUUGUGUUGAAGACAGACCGUGUAACUCUGAAGGACCAUAUAAUGUUUCCGUUGUGUUGAAGACAGACCGUGUAACUCUGAAGGACCAUAUACUGUUUCCGUUGUGUUGAAGACAGACCGUGUAACUCUGAAGGACCAUAUACUGUUUCCGUUGUGUUGAAGACAGACCGUGUAACUCUGAAGGACCAUAUACUGUUUCCGUUGUGUUGAAGACAGACCGUGUAACUCUGAAGGACCAUAUACUGUUUCCGUUGUGUUGAAGACAGACCGUGUAACUCUGAAGGACCAUAUAAUGUUUCCGUUGUGUUGAAGACAGACCGUGUAACUCUGAAGGACCAUAUACUGUUUCCGUUGUGUUGAAGACAGACCGUGUGACUCUGAAGGGCGAUACACAUUGGAAUCAUGAAUUUCAACCUUCAGCGCACUAAGACCGUUUUCGCCAUCAUUGCCAUAUUUAUGGGGUUGAUUGUUGUAUCACUGACCUACACGUGGCUUGAUGUGCGGCGUCUUUCAGUUUUCCGGUUCGAGGUAGCAGCCGAUAGAUUUGCUAAAGUGCUAAAUGGUAAUUGGACUCAAAAUCAGUUGUUCGAUUUAUUUAAAACAGAGAAGAUGUUUGCAGCACAUGACGUCACUUAUAACCCUACAAAACAAUAUACCGUAUCGUUACACCAACGCAAUGUCACAAAAAGUGCAUUUCUUAAUGGUGCAUCAAUGAAGCUUGUAAGAGUCACUACAGUUGCCAAUGGCACAUCAAUUCAGCCAAUAAGAUUUAACACUAUCGAAAAUGGCACAUCAAUGACGCCGAUAAGAAGCACCACUAUCGCUGUUCGUUCAAACCGAACAUUCAACAUCGACUUAAGUCGACUUUCCACAACAAUGACGUCCGUAAAGGUGCCAAUAAGGAUAACAAGCACGCUGCCCUAUGAGAACUCUGAUGACAGGCCUGAUGAGUGCUCUAACUGUUUUCCAAUGGACUUUACCUCAAUGAUAUCUCCAGAUCGACUUUGUGACGGCGGCAGAGUCGACUUGUUAAUAAUUGUUUUAUCAUCUGUUACUAACAGGUUGGCCCGGGAAUCAAUCCGCUCCACAUGGGGGUCACUUUGUAACUCAAUGAAUUCUAUCAUUCGCCUCGCCUUCGUCAUCGGAAACAAUUUGAACAAAAAUGACAAUUUCUUACUGUUGGAAGAGAGUGGAAAAUUCAAUGAUAUUAUUCAAGCAGAUUUUCGCGACACCUAUGCAAAUCUUACAUAUAAAACAAUGACAGGAUUAAAAUGGAGCCAUACGCAUUGCUCAAAUGCAAAAUAUGUUAUGAAAACUGACGACGAUAUGUUUAUUAAUACCGAGGUGUUGCCUAUUUUGUUACAAGCUGCUCCGAAAAGAAAUUUCAUGGGCGGUUUUUGUUGGGGACCAAGUUCCCCACAUAGACAUACUUCAUCUAAGUGGUACGUGUCUAUAAGACAGUAUAGGAAACCUUUGUUCCCAGCCAUGUGCAGCGGCACAGGGUACCUGUUGUCAACUGAUGUCGUUGGCAAUAUUGUUAAAGUGUCAAGGAAUAUACCAUUCUUUUAUUUAGAGGAUGUUUAUGUCGCGAUUUGUGUUAACAAAUUUGGCGUAUCGCCGGUCAAUCUAGCAGGCUUUUCAAACAUGUUUGUAAAUUCUUCGCCAUGUGAGUACAGAAAUUCCGUUAUAACAUCACAUCAAUUACCGCCAGAGACGUUGACGCGAUAUUGGGCAGAAUCAAGAACUUGUCCUCUAUCGCCGUUGAGGCCGACGCAGGUUUUCCAUAGUCGUGUAGUUUGAUAGUCGACAUAUAUUUAAACAGAAUUUAUCGACAGAUAAGAAUGUCACGGUACCGAGACUUGUUAUAUGACGUAUAGGCGUUCCUGGUAGCUUUCUUUAAAUAAAGAAAUCGUGCAAACAAACGUUUACAAAAAUGCUAAACUUGCUUUUCUCCUCAAAAGCGUCGGGCUCCGGUUUACAUUGUUUAAUGUGAGUGGAAUGCAAGAGUGAAUUCCACUUUGACAGAGCAGAAUAUCACGGUACCGGUCUUAUAUGUGACCGGUGAUGUAUGCGUGGUCAUGUCAGCUCACUCGGUUAACCCAUUUAUGCCUAGUGGACUAUCCCAUUCUUCUAAAUUGGAUCAAUUUAUUUCUAAAGUUAGGAAUGUCUAGUAUAUUUAUUUCUAUAUUUGUAAUAUUUCUCACAGAAAUUCCUUUUAGCAAACAGCGCAGACCCAGACACUAGGCAUAAAUGGGUACAGCACACGCCUUCAUUGCGACAGGGCCUGGUUUCUUGUUUUGGAGCGGCUGAACACUUUCCACCGCCCGGUGAUACUAUGGUUUGUUUACCAAGUAUUAUUGUGCUCGAAAUUAUACUUACGUCAAAUACUAAACUCUGAAAAUGGAAUGGGAUUUUUAAGCCAUUAGAUGAUAACAAUGACGUAUUUAAAAAUGGUCAAGAUAAAACGGAUUUUUUAAACAAAUAUUUUUGUACAGUCCAAGGUCGUUCUAUAGUGCCUUAAACAUUAUUUGCUGUAUGCUGUUUGUAUUUUACAUUUUAAAGAUUCUUUAUAUUUCAGUUGUUGUUUUUGUUUUUAUUUGUAAAAACAUCUUGAAAAGAUAUUGUGUCGAUUAGAAUGGUUAUCAAUUUAUAUAAUAACCAUUUUGAUAAUCAAGUAAAACAAUUAUUCGUUUUAUUGCAUAUUUAUCGGGGCAUUUUAAAGAUAGUCUCCACUAUAAGUAUUAUCUAACAACGUAUUGUAAAGAUAAGUCUGUUCAUUGUAUAAUCAAUUGUUUUCUUGACUUGUAUGUAUGUAAAUAAAUGAUUGAGUUCGA